AUGAAAGAAGAACCAUCAGUGCCUAUUUCGUUAAUUCAAGAGAGAAUUAGUGAUCAAUUUGGAUAUUCAAUUUCGUACAAGAAGGCAUGGAAAGCAAAACAAAAAGUAAUAGUUACUGCAUUUGGUGAUUGGAACGAAUCUUAUGCUGCAUUACCAAGGUGGCUAGAGUACAUGCAAUUACAUGCUCCUGGAUCUGUAUACCAAAUUGAAACAAAUGAUUAUGUUGAAGGACGUACCGUGGAUAAUAGAUUUCGAGUUUUUUAUCUGUUGUAUUGGUCGUUCAAACAAUGCCAUGAAGCUUUCAACUUUUGUAAGCCUAUAAUACAGGUAGAUGAAACAUUUUUGUACGGUAAGUACCGACAAACUUUGAUAAUUGCUAUGACUCAAGAUGGAAACAAUUGUGUGCUUCCGAUUUCGUUUGCCAUUGUGGAAGGAGAAACCUUAUCUAGUCGUGUGUGGACAGGAUUAUUAGGCUGUAAAAAUGGAAACCUAUCCCAUGCCCACAUCAUAAGUAGUGAGGUUAAUCCUCCAAUACCAGAAUGCUCAAUAUUGGUCGACAUGCAUAACUCUCGAUACAGAAAUGCCAAUGUUGCAGCUCCCCAACUGUACUCUCCUGUGAUAGUAAAAUCCUCAAGCAAUGGAAGGUACCUAACCGGGACCCUACUAGAGGAAUGA